GCGCAUGAGACAAGAAAGUCAAGCACAUACCUCAAGCGUUUUGCAUGAGUAAGAAAUUCAUGUGCAGGGAGACAAAUCUUGAGGUAUGUGCUUGCUCAUGUGCUUGAGAAAAAAAGCUUCACUAGGGCCAUUCGCACAACUUCGGAAAUUUUAUGAGUCAUAUAUGUGCAGUUUGGUCUUCGAACGAAUUAUAACGAAUUAUAAACGAACAUUGCGUAUAAUGCAUUCGUAGGCGUUCAAGACUUAGAAAUGUUAGUUGGAAAAAGUGGAACUUCGUCACAAUGUUUGCAUCGCGAAACUCCUUAGAUUGCAUUAAACGUCAUUUUCUCCUUUAUAACGACUUCUGAUCCAUUAAACAUAUGUUUUCCGUUUGUAAUGUGUCAGAAUGCAUAAGAAUACGUUUCAUAUAGAAAACUUUGCACAUGUGUCUUUUGCAGGUUUCCACGUUUAAGGACAACGAAUGCAAUAAAAGCCGUUAUAAAUCUCUUUUUUCGAUUCUCAUGCAUUAAAACUUAAUAAUGUAUUUUUAAUGCAAUCUAAUGCGUUCAAAACGUUCAGCAGAUAUUGCGCUUUUUCAACUUGUCAAUUGUUUCGGUCUCCAGAAGUUCCGCUUUUCCAGCUUGACAACACAUGUAACUUUAAUGGGUUUUACAGUAUUUGGGUGUCGAAAACCGUUGUGACCUUGAAAAACCAGACUUUUGCAAAAGAAAAAUUUUGUGAAGUGGAAUAAGGAGAGGUUUUGUAAACCGAAAAGUUGGAAAAUCUUCAUAACUUGCUAAAUAAUUUUUGCAAACAUUCAACAUGUCGUGCGCACUGUUCCCUACUAAAAUUAACUUGAAAGUUUAGUUCAAAGUUCCUGUUCUUAGAGUCCGCGAAACCUUAGAGAACUGAAGUUGCAGGCCUAUAGGCUAUAGACCAUGGCUCUACUGAGUCACUAAUCUCACUAGAAUCUUAGUGGAUCAUCAACUAGGAUAAAAAAUCUAAAAGAUUAAUUACUUCUUAUGAGAAAAAUGUGAUGCAUGCGUAAAAUCACAAUUGAAAAUUUUAAAACAAAUAUCAGUUAAAAUGGACGAUGUUACAGAAAAAUUAAAAUCUUAUACAUCAAAGUGGGAAUCAUUUAAAGCAUUGACAAUUUAUCAUGAAUUUACUAUCGAUUUGCUAAAUAGUCGCUCAUACAUUGAACUAUUAAUAACAGAGAACUAUUUAGAAAAAUGGCGUGAAAAAUAUAUGCCACAAUUGAAAGAGGACAAAGAACAACAAUUGAAAGAGGAAAAAUUGAAUUUAAAAACUCAAUUAACUGGAAUUGAUAAUAAACUAAAUAAUAUUGAUCUAACAAUUGGAUUAUUUUGUGACGAAUUAUAUUCAUUAUUUGAUCAUAUUUGUGAUGAACAACAACAAUUAGUCGUUGAUCAAUAUAAAAAUAUAUUUGAACAAAUAGCUGGUAAACUAGCACAAUUAAUGUACAGAGGAUUUGGUAUACAUAUUCUUCGCGGACGUCCAUUAUUUAGUCAUAGUCGUCAUAUUGAAAUGACAUUAAAGUAA